CAUUCAGCAUGCCACAACCCCUCAAAAAGCAAGUAAAACAACAUCGUCUACAGUUUCCUUCCUAUAUUUUAUAAAUUGUAAACAUCCUUUGUAAUAUCUGAGAAAAAUGGCGGAAUCAGACUCGGGAGAAAGUACUUCGUCGGUGUCCUCAUACAUAUCCCGCUCGUCGGCGUCCUCGCGAUUGAGUGAGUUUGUGGACGCGAAGACGGAGCUGCAGGAUAUAUACCACGAUUUGAGUAACUAUCUGUCCAGUUUUCUAACCAUUUUGGAGGAGAGUGUCCUGUUAAGAGAUCGACAAAUGCUGGAGCACCUGUGCGCCUUCUCCAGCAAAGUGGAGGCCAUUGCAAAGGUACUUUCGCGCGAUCGAAUGAAGGUGGCAUUUUUUGGACGCACCUCAAAUGGCAAGAGUGCCGUGAUCAAUGCCCUGUUGCAUGAGAAGAUCCUGCCCAGCGCCAUGGGCCACACCACCAGUUGUUUUUGCCAAGUGCAGGCCAAUGGCUCUGACGAAACAAUGGAGCACGUGAAGGUCGAGCAGGAGGAGCAGCACAUGGAGCUGAGUGCCCUCAAGGAACUGGCCAGUGCACAUUCGCCAAGGGCCCUGAAACCCUCGACGCUGCUGCAGGUGAAUAUGGCCAAGAACCGCUGCCCGAUCUUGGACUACGACGUGGUUCUGAUGGAUACACCUGGCGUGGAUGUGACCGCGCAACUGGACGACUGCCUGGAUAGCUAUUGCAUGGAUGCGGAUGUAUUCAUCUUGGUUUUGAACGCAGAGUCCACUGUUUCGCGCGUGGAAAGGCAGUUCUUCAAGGAUGUGGCAGCCAAACUCUCGCGUCCCAAUCUCUUCAUACUCAACAAUCGCUGGGACAAGGCCAGCAGUCUGGAGCCGGAAAUGGAGCAGCAGGUCAAGGAUCAGCACAUGGAGCGCUGCGUUAACCUGCUGGUGGAUGAGUUGGGUGUUUAUGCCAAUGGGCAGGAGGCCUGGGAAAGGAUCUAUCAUGUCUCGGCCUUGGAAGCCUUGCACAUACGAAAUGGUCACAAUCAGAAUCCCACGGCACAAACACAAGAGCGAUACCAGGAGUUUCUGCGUUUCGAAAAUGAUUUUUCCAAUUGCCUCGCCGAGUCUGCGUUGAAAACCAAGUUUGGGCCACACCUGCAGAGUGCACAGAAGAUUUUAAACCAGCUGAAAUCCACGUUGAUUGGCCCUUUCAUAGAAAAAGUAAGUCGGCUAAUAGAGGAGAAUAAGGAGAGGAGAGCCAACUUAAAUGCGGAAAUGGACGACUGGGUAAUACUAAUGCAAGAUGACAGGGAAGAGCUGCAGAUUUGGUUCGAACAACUAACUGAAAUGACGCAACGUGUGGGUCAGAGUGUUUUAAACGAACAGAUCAACACGUUAAUACCCUCGGCUGUUUCAUCCUUCGCGCAACCAUUCCACCCCGAGUUCCCAGCACAAAUUGGCCUAUACCAGCGCUCCUUAAGUGCCCAUUUGGAUGAGCUUCUUGAGGAUCGAGUGCUGCAAUGUCUGUCCAUGCCACUGCAGGAGAAGCUAUUCCAAAUGGAGAAUGAACUGGAGCUGCAGAUCACCGACAAAUCUUACAACUGGCAGUUCAUCUACAACGUGGAUUGUCAAUCCUAUAUGGUGGACUUUCAGCCAGAUCUUAGGUUUAUGUUUUCCCUGGGUUUUACCGCACUGUGGCAUCGUCUCGAAGGAAAUAUACCACUGCAGGCAAGUGCAUUCCGAAUGCCAAAGUUACACAAUGGCCACAAGAAAUGCUUGCCACUGCCACCUUUGAUGCACGGCAACCAUUGGCAGAUGCUGGAAUCGUUGGUCAAGUCCAAAGGUAGCCUUGGAACCGUAUUGCUGAGUGCCCUGGCCAUCCGUUCGUUCAGCUGGCCAAUCGUGUUGAUCCUUGGCGGCGUCGUCGGAUCCUUUUACCUCUACGAGUACGCCGCCUGGACGACAGCCGCCCAAGAGCGCAGUUUCAAGAGGCAGUACGUCAGGCUGUUGCAACAACGUCUGCGGGCGGAUGUGCAGCAAACCGUCAACGGGUUUGAGUUCCAGUUGCGACAGCACCUGGCCAAAGUCCGAAAUUGCUGGGAGGCCAAGUCCAAUGAAACGCUGAGUGACCUGGAAGUGAGGACCUCGGAGCUGACCAAGCAAAUAAAAUCGAUGGAGGUGCUGCAGCUGAAACUGAAGAAGUUUCGGGACGAGGGACAGCUGCUGGCCAGUCGAUUGGCGGAGUUCCAGGAGACCUACUUGAGCAAGGGCUGCAAAUUAUGAGGGGGUUAUUUUAAAUUCUUAAUUCUUAAGUUUCAAUUUUCUUUGGUUAAUUAUUAAUUGUAAUUCCGUUGUUUUACUUUAAAAUUUAUAUGUUCUUGUUCGGUUAUUUUACAACAUUAAACGUUUGGUCUGCGCCACUUUAAAGUUA